AAAAAUUUGAGGCCUUGGAAACGAUCGAAAUUAAAUUAUGCAUUAUUACCACAGAAACUUUGCCGUUCUUCAAAAGUCUUAAAACGAUUUGCUUUGAACAUAAUUUUACAUCUGAAGGAAUGGCUCUCACAUGGAUAUUAAAACACUCGAAUACCUUAGAAAACCUUACAACGGACAUACGUGAUAUUCAAACGGACGAUUUCUUUAAACUUAUUAAAAGCUGCCGGAAACUUCGCUACUUAUACCUUAAAGUGGAUAUCGAUGAACUUCUGUCAAAGGGAUUUAUUACUACGUUCUUCAACAUUUUGCAGGAAAAUGGAACCGACUCAAAUAACCCAUUUCAAUUGGUUACAAAGAAGAUUACCUUCGGCGCAAUAAAAUCAUUUAUGCCAAACACCCCCACUUCAAAAUUACUGCACUUUUAUACUUACGAGCAUUAAGGCGAGA